CUCAGAGGCUGGCCGCCCCGUCACGUAGGUUACGCACACAGUCACUCCCCAGGGGCCGCCCGGAGCCCGCCCAGGCAGCUGCGCCCUCCUAGACCGGGGCACCCCGGAGGCGGGGGCCGCGAUGUUGCGGGUCUGGGGUCCGACCGAGGUGGAGCUGACCAGGGACUGAGAAGAGCCUGGCCGAGGCGGGGCUGAGCACGAAGCCCUUCCCCGCCUAUCGGGCUGUGGGGUUCCCGCCUGCCGAUUUCCAGUCAUCGGGGUCGCGCUUCUCGCUGGAACCCCUGAACUCCGUGCCCCUGAACUCCCGGGCCCCCUGCGGGAAUGUUCAAAAAUGCGUACCAGGGAGGUGCAUUUGUUGAAAUCUUUAGUGCUCAAGGAAAAAAUCCUGGAGCAAAAUGGAAGAUCCUUGGCAGUCCGUCUGUGAUUUGGAAAGAGUUCGAUAAAGAAGUUAAAAGUUUUGUGUUUGUCCUGGAAGGCAGCAGCCAAACAAACAAAAUUCAAUUACCAAAGGAAAAUAAGCAAAUCCUUGGACUGAUCCAGAGGUUUCUUGUACUUCAGAUUUACAUACCCCUGGGACAAGACUUCUCUACUGAAUUGCUAAUUACUGAUUUAGGGAACAUCAAAAGAAGAUUGUAUUUAUCAACCGUCCAUAAGGAACUGUCCUCAACCCCUCUUCAUGCAAAAAUCCCACUCUUCAUGAUCAAGCGCAAAAUUUGGUGCAAUCUGUGCAUUGACUUGGUGGCAUUUACCAGUGAAAUAUUCAAGGGAGCGGUUUUCCAGUCAUUGGAUGGAAUUAUUGUCUCAGCUAACUGUAAGCUACGGAAGAUCUUCACUUUAAAAUCCAAGCCUCAAGACACUGCUGAUAAAGAUGCUGGAUAUGAUGUUCCCCUUCCAACAGAUGAACCUACAGAUAUUAUUCCACGAAGCUGCCAACUAACGACAGAUGUUCCACAAGUCACACAGCUGCUAAACAUGACUAAACUCCGCCAAACAGAAAUCAAAUUUGGAGGUCAUCCUCUACGUUCAGCAGAGUCAGAUCAGUUCAUUAACAGAGGAACAGGCAGUGUGCGGAACGGUAAAAAUCAAGAUGUUUGUCAUAUCGCCUUUGGAUCCAAAGUUCUUGGACCACCUCCACUCUCUGGCAGAAGAAAUAACAUGAGGCUGUCCAGUGAGACAAUAAGAUCUGUUGGUUCCAAAAAUAACCAAUCUUGCCGACAGUCUAUGAGAGAGAAUUGUGUUAACAGUAGAGAAAUGUCAACCUUGCUGGUAUCUGAGUCUGAGGAGCAAGGAGAUAAGGAAAAUAUUCGUCAAAUAAAACAGACUGUGCCUAUUCAUGCCAAUCUGCAUGUUAUGCAUCCACAUCCGCCUCAAGAACCAUCAACAGAUAAGAAUAAUAACAGGAGAAGAUUACGGUUAAAAAGCAUCAGCAGAGAAAGGACAGAGACACCCAGUGGCAGUUCUCCAGGGAAUAACAGGAAUGACAAGAAAGCAACAGCUGCCCUCACCUCUGUGUCCCAACAAAGGACAGAGACAUUGAACUCCAGCACUCCGGCACCCCAGUGUCCUGAUCAAGCAGAUGAGUGGAUAUUUCCUGAAAAUGAUGAUCACAUUGCCCAUUUGGCAUACAGCAGACAAUGUUUACUUCUGGAUGAUGACUCCUGCCAGACUUCACACCUGUGGCGAGAAGCUAGCAAGGAAAGUGAACAUGACCAACAAGCAGCGGAAAUCCAGAUUAUUCCAAAGGACAUUUUCACUUUUUCAUCAAGACCACGAUCAGCACCUCAUGGAAAGACUCAGAAUAUGUCCCCAGAAGGGUGCUCGUUUAUUUUGGAUCUGAAAGAGGAUGCCAGUGUAACAAGGAGUGACACCCAGUUGGAAGAGGAUUUUUAUGGCGGUGAUAGCAGCGAAGAGGGUCACCACAGUGUGCAGGGUUCUUCGAGCCCAACAACUAGUCCUUCAGGGUUAACUCAGUUAACGUUAGAGAGCGUGCUGAGGAAGGCUGCAAGGUGGACAAGUAAAGGCUAUCUAAAAAGUGCCUCCCCAGAAGCAGGAGCGUCAGAAAGCCAGACUUCCUUGGCAAAGCAGAUAGAUAGAAACGACUUUCAAAAGAGUUUGGUGCCUACACCGUGCCUUUCUCCCACUGGAAGAAGGAGUGAAUCCUCUCGGAAAACUCCAGCUCCCAUUAUCAAAGCAAAGGACCCACCAGCCCAACAAGUGCCAGCUUCAACAAGCAAAACCUCCCUAAAGGAAAUCUUAGGGGAAAAGUUAAAACGGAUUCCUGAAGCAUCUGAAUAUGACUGGAGAAACUAUCAGCCCAGCCAGAUGAGUGAAUCCGAGUUGCAAAUGCUGGCAAGCCUACGGCGGCAACAAAAUGAAGAACUGGAGGACACUGGGGCUUCCCAUGGCCUGAGUGCAUCCCAGGUUGACAACUGUAAUGUCAGCAUAAGUACCAGCAGUGAUGACACAACCACCUGGAACUCCUGCCUGCCACCUCCUGUCAAUCAGGGUCGUCACUAUCAGAAAGAAAUGAAUCCACCUUCUCCAUCUAACCCCCGGGACUGGUUAAAUAUGUUGAGCCCACCGAUUGUUCCUCCCAGUCAACAGCCAGCAGAGCAGCAUCCAGAUUCUUCUGGAAGUCUGAGUGCUCAAGGUGAGGAAGACCUGAGUGCGGAAGAGGACGAGGAAGUGCUGACUCUGCUGUAUGACCCAUGUCUGAACUGUUACUUUGAUCCUCAGACUGGGAAAUACUACGAGUUGGUGUAAGUCCUCCUUCCAAGGCAAAGAAUGGCCACCCCGACGCGGAGCAGGAUAGGAACUCUGACUCUCUUAACUUGGCACGGCAGUGUGUGUGUCGGGCAGGCCCAUGGAGUCAAAAGCAACUGAGAGAGAUGACUUUAUUUUGUAAAUAAUGUUCAAUGUUAAGAAUACCUACGUUCUUUUUGUAGAUGUGUGUGAUUUUUUGGAACUGUGAAGGAAUUAAUACAGGGACAAAAUUUUAGGACUUUGAAUUGAUUCGUAUUUGUUGGUUCUCAUUCUACAUAUAAUUUUGUUUUUCUCAUAAUUUUAUGUAAACAAAUUGAGUUAUUAAUUCAAAUUUUUGCAGUGUUAAUCUGUAAAUGAUGGCUUGAUAUACAAAAAUGUAUUCUUGUUUAAAAGAUAUCUGGGUACCUUUUAUUUUAUUACCUAUUUGUAUUAAAAAUAAAAUAUGAU